CGGGGGCAGCCUUGGCCUUACGCUCUUUUUUCCCUCACUCUCUCUUCAAAUAGAACACUUUUCAACAGUGCUUCGCCACACGCUUUCCCCCCUUUACUGAUCUCCGGAGUUUCUCAAUUCUUUUUUAAAAAGACAAUUCGCCCUUUCUGGAUUACUGAUCCCGCUUCUUCAACGGUCACGCGAUGAACUAGACACCCUCAACCAACCCUUACUGCGACCUUACGACAUUUGAAUUGCUCGAUCAGAUUAGACAAGAUGAGUUGGUUUAUGAGGAAGGCCCGCGAGGCCCAGGAUUCGCUUUCCGACGAUAUCUUGUUGCCUCUCAAGUCUUACAAGUACUCGAGUGUGGACAAGUCCUUCAUUUCUAGAUAUAUUCUGAAGCAUUACUGGAAUGCAUUCGUUGAAGUUGUCCCACUCUGGAUCGCACCCAACAUGGUCACCCUUUUGGGUUUCUUUUUCAUCGUGGGCAAUAUCUUUCUCAUUGAACUUUUCAUGCCAGAUCUUAUUGGACCGGGGCCCUCGUGGUUGUAUUACAGUUUUGCCUUGGGAAUGUGGAUGUAUUCCACACUGGACAAUGUCGAUGGCAAGCAGGCACGGAGAACGGGAACAUCUAGUGGUCUUGGAGAGCUUUUUGACCAUGGAAUCGAUUCAUUGAACUGCACUCUUGCUAGCUUGUUGGAGACCGCAGCAAUGGGUUUUGGCUCCACGAAGCUCGGAGCGUACACUGCCCUGAUUCCUUGCCUCGCCAUGUACUUCUCGACCUGGGAGACUUACCACACACAUACUCUCUAUCUCGGCUACUUCAAUGGUCCAACUGAGGGUCUGCUCAUUGCCAUUUCCCUCAUGAUUGCUUCUGGAAUCUACGGUCCCCAAAUUUGGUCGCAGCCCAUCACCGACUGGUUGAACUACCCACAACUCUUUGGCAACAAUUCCGUGAAAGAUCUAUGGCUUCCUAUUCUUGCCUUCGGAUUCUUUGUCGGACAUCUGCCAGGCUGUGUCUUGAACGUGGUCGCCGCUCGAAAGAGCCAGAAUCUUCCUGUUGCACCCAUUUUCAAAGAGUGGAUCCCAAUGAUUGUCUUUACGGUUUGCAAUGUGGCCUGGCUCUUUUCUCCUUACUCGACACUCCUGGCCAACAACAGACUAGUGCUCUACUGCUGGACCAUCUCCUUUGUCUUUGGCCGCAUGACCACCAAGAUCAUUCUGGCUCACCUGACAAGACAGCCUUUUCCUUUCUGGACUGUGCUCCUUACUCCCCUCGUUGGUGGUGCAGUGCUUGUAAACCUGCCACAUCUGGGUUUCCCUAUCAUCAGUGACUGGGUUGAACUACUGUAUCUCCGGGCCUACCUUCUGUUUGCCUUUGUGAUAUACAUGUACUGGGCUGUUCUUGUCUGCAACAGAAUCUCUACUUUCUUGGGCAUUAACUGCCUGACCAUCCGUAAGGACAAGUCGGCCGCCAGAGAACGGGCUUUCCGCGAGGAUAUCACCCUUGGGUAAACCUGAGUCUUAGUUUUUUUUUUUUA